AUGCUGCAGCUGAGCCUGUCCUGGCUGGGCCUGGGGCCGGUGGCAGCCUCCCCGUGGCUGCUCCUGCUGCUGGUUGGAGCCUCCUGGCUCCUGGCUCGUGUCCUGUCCUGGACCUACACCUUCUAUGACAACUGUCACCACCUCCGAUGUUUCCCACAGCCCCCAAAACAGGACUGGUUUUGGGGUCAUCCAGGCCUGAUCACCCCCACAGAGCAGGGCUUGAGGAACCUGACUCAGCUGGUGUCCACCUACCCCCAGGGACUUGUGCACUGGUUGAGCCCCAUCUCGCCCUUCAUCACGUUGUACCACCCGAACGUCAUCCGGUCUGUCCUGAAUGCCUCAGCUGCUGUUGCACCCAAGGAUAUGACUGUCUACGGCUUCCUGAAACCCUGGCUGGGAGAUGGGCUGCUGCUGAGUGCAGGUGACAAGUGGAGCCGCCACCGCCGCCUGCUCACACCCGCCUUCCACUUCGACAUCCUGAAGCCCUAUGUGAAGAUUUUCAACCACAGUGUGAAUGUCAUGCACGCCAAGUGGCAGCGCCUGACCUCAGAGGGCAUCACCCGUCUGGACAUGUUUGAGCACGUCAGCCUCAUGACCUUGGACAGUCUGCAGAAAUGUGUCUUCAGCUUUGACAGCAACUGUCAAGAGAAGUCCAGCGAGUAUAUUGCUGCCAUCUUAGAGCUGAGUGCCCUAGUUUCAAAAAGGAUCCAGCAGCCCCUCCUGCACGUGGACCUCCUGUACUGUCUCACCUCCGAUGCCCAGCGCUUCUUCAGGGCCUGCCGCCUGGUGCAUGACUUCACAGAUACUGUCAUCCGGGAGCGGCGCUGUGCCCUCUCUGAUCGGGGUGUGGAUGACUUCCUGGAGGCCAAAGGCAAGGCCAAGGCUAAGACGCUGGACUUCAUUGAUGUGCUCCUGCUGAGCAAGGAUGAAGAUGGGAAGGAGUUGUCAGAUGAGGACAUAAGAGCGGAGGCUGACACCUUCAUGUUUGAGGGUCAUGACACCACGGCCAGUGGUAUCUCCUGGAUCCUGUACAACCUCGCGAGGCACCCAGAAUACCAGGAGCGCUGCCGGCAGGAGGUGCGAGAGCUCCUGAGGGACCGUGAGCCUAAAGAGAUUGAAUGGGAUGACCUGGCCCAGCUGCCCUUCCUGACCAUGUGCAUCAAGGAGAGUCUGCGCCUGCAUCCCCCUGUUCCAGGCUUCUCCCGGUGCUGUACCCGAGACGUUGUGCUUCCAGAUGGCCGGAUCAUCCCCAAAGGUGUUUCCUGCACCAUCAGUGUUUUCGGGACCCAUCACAACCCAGCUGUGUGGCCAGACCCUGAGGUUUAUGACCCCUUCCGCUUCGACCCUGAAAACAUCAAGGGGAGGUCACCUCUGGCUUUUAUUCCCUUCUCAGCAGGGCACAGAAACUGCAUUGGACAGAUGUUCGCCAUGAACGAGAUGAAGGUGGCCCUGGCACUCACGCUGCUGCACUUCCGCAUCCUGCCAGAUGACACAGAGCCUCACAGGAAACCGCAGCUGAUCCUGCGUGCGGAGGGCGGACUCUGGCUGAGGGUCGAGCCGCUGAGUGUGAGCCUGAAGUGA